AUCGGUCUCGUGAGAAGACUGUGGACUGGCUAGCAAAUUAAAGACCAAGGAGGUAAUUGCCCUCCCAGAUUCAGAGGCAUCAUUGUCACCAGCUGAAAUUUUACUCUCACUUUCCACCGCCUGGUUAGGCCUUUGGUGUCUAAAGGGACAAGAAAAGCACCCAUUCCCGGCCAGGUGGUGGUGACAUUGUCCCAGACCAUCCUCCCAGUCUAGGUCCCAACUCCCACUAGCCUACUGGCCAUUUAUUUUCAAGCAUGGGCAUUGAAAGUCCAACACAUCUCAUUAGAUUUUGGAGCUUGCUCGGAUGCUGAAUGAUAGCCACUUCGGCCCAAUAUGCCAUUUGCUAACAACACCUUCAAAAGAGUUAGUGGCCGAGGAUAAAUCUAACUGUAGACCCAACUAAAACAUUUGGUAGAACUUUAUCCGGGCCACCAAUUCUGUGUUAUGAGUAGAGGUUGAGCUUUCUUUAUCCUCGAUCACUUCGACAAUAUUGAAGGGCCCAAGUGGUCACUGGACUCGGCUGUCCCGAGCUCUUGGUAUCGGCACAAUAAUCUGGCAGUUUUUUGGUUAGUCGAGCUGAACUCGCUAUUUAUAGUAUUUUUUUUUGGUACAAGGAAAAUAAAAAGUAAAAACUAAGAACCUCUGCAGAAAUAAAUGUUCAUAUAGUAGAGGAUAACCCUGCAGGGGAUCAUCCCAAAUAUAAAGCUCUGUCUGAUCUUUAGCAUCUAAUUUGGCAAGAAAAUCUGCACAACAAUUGCCUUCUCUUAGAGUACGCUGAAGCUGAACUUUUUAUUCCCUUGAAAGGAGAGAACGAAUAUCUAUGAUGAUGGAACCAUAACGAUGAAAAUCAAUGUCAUAAUUUUUAAUCAUCAGUUAAAGUCUUACGAUUUUUAACUCAUUUUUUUUCUUUUUCGAAGGACAUGUUAAAACUUGAGAUUUUUUCGGGAUAAAUAUAUAGUCCUUCAAGUAAUUACUAUCUGCAGGAGGCUUACGUAAAUGUCUCAUUGGCUGAUGUUACCACUUACCAGCAAGACUGACACUCGAUCAUACAGUAAUGUCACAAGGACGAGUCAAUAUUAUUAUGCUGGAGAUAAGAGUCCAAAAUCGUUUCCCUCCUUGGAUGUAAUACAAACAGUUACAUUAUACCAUGUCUUACACCCAAAAGAAUAGGAGAGGGAGAGAAUGUGAAAGCAAUGAGGUUUGGCCAUUUCUCAUUGGGCAUUGGUUCCUGAAUUUCAUCUCUAAAUCCCACUAAACAUGCAUGAGAAUCAGCUCUUGCUGUUGGUUGAGAUGACUACUCUAGGAUCUCACCCUCUCUGUUAUAAUAAUUAAUAAUCUAAUAAUAGGAACCUCACUGAUCAACAAAUCAUUUCUUUUCUAACUGGUUCUUCGAUCUUCCUGCGGCCUCCAUAUCCCCCCACUCCCCCAUGUGCUCCUGAUCAACCUGCCUCGCUAUUCCAUUCUUCACAAUGUCAGCCACUCUUCAACGUUGUUCUUUGUAAGCUAUCACUACUGUAUGAAGUAGUAAAUCAUGUUCCUUUCCGUAACUAGUCUCAUCAUGUUUUACUUUCAUUAAUGAAGGUACUGCCUUCUUUUCUGCUGACAUUCAACUUAAUCUGAUCUGAUCGACUUAUUAGAUACGGUAUUUGGUUAAUUAGUGGAAACUUUUCUUAACCUCACAAUUCUUAGGUGAAUAUAGCUUAUCCAAGGCUAGUGUUUGGUGCAUGGAUAAUAAUAGACCUUUGGUGCCAUCAAAUAUUGGAGCCCAGGGGCCACAAUUCCCAUCUCUGCCUGGACAGGAGUCCUUGUACAAUCUCACAUUUGAUGAGGUGAAUGAUCAGAUCGGAAAUGUAAGGAAGCCUUUGAAUGCUGUGAAUGUUGAUGAGCUAAGAAAUGUGAUAUCCGUUGAAGAGAGUCAGCUGUUGCAAAAUCCUCCUUCGUCUUCGUCUUCGUCUUCUUCCUCGUCCACUUUCCUCUUUCUUGGGAAUUAUAAUCUUAACGGAACAUCAAGUAGGAAAACUAUCGAUGAUAUGUGGAAGGAAAUUGCCAACGAAGAACAUGUAAACGUCUUCGAUAACCAAAUAGUUCGGCAACAACUUGGCGAAACUACACUUGAGGAUUUUCUAGUUCGCGCGGGUGUAAUCAACAAAGGAAAUCAAAAUGAAGUAUUUAGUCAUCAACCAAUUAUGGAGGUUGAUCCAAUGGUUGUGGGGUCACAGCAGACAGAUUUGUUACCAUUUCAGAUGGCUUCUGUGCAGCAGCAGCAGCAGCAACAGAUGACAUUGUUGGACUCAAAUUUUCAUAUGUUUGAAGCUGUUUCUGAUCAGAACCCUGUUGUGGAUGUUGGAUACUCGGAUAACCGACUGCCUAUGCCUAUGCCAGUGUCAGCAAUGUCAGCAACAUCUUCAGAUUCUCGGGUGGCUGCUGAAAAGCAGUGUCGUUAUACAGAUGAGAUGAUGAAGAAGACUAUUGAGAGGAGGCAGAAUAGGAUGAUCAAGAAUCGAGAGUCGGCAGCAAGGUCAAGAGCAAAGAAACAGGCUUAUACCAGCCAGUUGGAGCAUGCAGUGUUUCAUUCAAGAAAAACAAAUAACAGGCUCAAGAAGGAAAAGGAACUGGAGAUCAUAUUCUUAUCGUCUGAUCAAGCUCCCGUGCCACGAUUCCAGCUACGGCGAACCAGCUCAGCUUCAUUCUAGCCAGUGUUAAUACUUGUCCAUGCAAUUCUUUUAAUCAAGAGCAACUCAGUUCAUCCAUCCAUUGAUGGAAGUACCGCUUUGACGUUUUUUAUUGCUAGGUUCUUCUAGGAGCCAGCCGAUUUAUCUUCUUUGAGAUUGAACAGUUGGAUUUAUAUAUGUUAGUGGAGACUACUGUUACAGCACUGUCACACUGA